AAAGGGUCAAUUUGUCGAGACAAGGUUACUGCUGAGUGACAAUGAGCUUUGGGGGUCUUUUUAACCGCUUCAAGACCAAAUGGAGAAUAUGAUUGAAAUUAAUUCCCAUAUAUUAGUGAUGACCGACCAAACUUGCUUGAAGAAGGCACCUGCCUGUUCGUCUUUUGUGUGUGUAUUUUCUUUAUUACUCCACCCAAGCAAUCAAGUAAGUUUCGUGGGUGAAAUAGGUGCACAGUAUGGGAAAAUUAGUAAAUUACUUUUAGAAUUUGUCAAAACUGAAAAGACCAUUUUUUUUUGCCCCAUAUUGAGAUGUUAACAAAAAGUGAACAUUUUCAUUCUCUUUGUAAGAUAGGCUAAAGCAGGGCACACCCACGGCGAUAAUUGUGCUGAAUUUCAAUUCAAUUACAAUUUUUCCCCACCUUUGGAUUUCACUCACCACAGGCCCAAUUGUCAGAAGGCUUGAUCUGCUCAAAAAAUUGUUGGGGUCAAAAAUCAUAUAUGUUGCACGUGUUUCAUAUUUAUAAAUGUAAAUACUGCCGGGGAGAGAAAAAAAACUGAAAAAUCGUUGGUAUCCCACUACCGAUCCCUGAGGACUUGCACACUGCAAGAAGUGAGAUGAGCAUGCAAAAUCCUCUUGGAGCCUCCACUUCCUGGUCACCACCUCUCCUAGCUCCUUACCUCAGGUAGGUCAUAUCGAUCAAUGCAAAGUAAAACGAGCCCACAUUCCAACAACUUCUUGCCUCUUAAAUUAUUAAAGGUUAAGUUACUCUCCGCAGUGUGUCCAUUGUCAUACUAGAGAGGCUCCGACUACUCGAGACAGAUUCCUUGUGUGCUUUUGAUGUACUUGGCAAAUAAAGAGGAUUGUGAUUCUGACAACCGAUUAAGCAGUACACCGACAAGUGACCCAAAGAUUCUGACAUCCGUCCAACCACUUUCCUAGCCGCUUAUCCUUACAAUGGUCGCAGGGAAUGCUGGAGCCUAUUCCAGCUGUCAAAGGGCAGGAGGCGGGGUACAUCCUGAACUGGUAGUCAGCCAUUCGCAGGGCACAUCGAGACAAACACCCGCACUCACAAUCACACCAAGAGGCAAUUUAGAGUGUCCUAUUAAUGUUGCGUGUUUUUGGGAUGUGGGAGAAAACCGGAGUUCCCGAGAAAACCCACGGAGGGACGGGGUGAACAUCCAAACUCCACACAGGCGGGUCCAGGAUAAAACGCGGGACCUGAGAACUGUGAGGCCAAUGCUUUCCAUCUGAGCCACUUUCCCGCCCUCACCCUGAUGAUAGCUAACUAAAUUACCAGAUAGAUAACUAUGGCUUCUUUAAUUUCUUCUACCACUAUUCUAUUUUAUUUUAUUUUUUUUGUAUUUCCUGAGAGUCUGGAUGCCCAGUAGCACCACGCUGCCUCUUACAGGUCAGUCUUGGUAUUAUAAAGGAGCCUUGGUUUGGUUUUCCAAUUCAUCGAGAUUCAUUGAGUUUGAAAAAUUAUUAGUUGCAGCCCUACUUUUGUCUGAAGACACAAUCAAUAAAUGAAACAACGUGUUAGCAAGUUUGUCUUGAAAGAAUAUGUCAUCAAAUUGUCAUAUUCGUUAGGAUAGCAGACACAAGAAGUCUGCUCACCUGUUAUCCGAGUUUAAUCAUGUAAUGUUCCGCAUAUUGCAGAUUUCACUUCAUGGAUCCAAAAAUGAAAUGAUGAAAAAGUUGUGCCUCGGUUCAAUAAAGGUUGCGAGACCGGACGCUCCAAUAGGGGUCACCAACUUGGUGCCCACAAGCAUCCCAAAGGACAUCAUCAGUAGCCCGUGGGCAGUGAGUGGACAUGGUGAUUUGCUGGGAAUAACUGUGAUCAUUUAAAAAUAUAAAAAUAUUUUACAGAGAUUUAUGGAAUGAAAGUUUUAAGGAACAUAAUUCAGAGCAUUACACUGUAUUUAUAAUUCCAGAUAUGUAUUGCCGACUUAAUAGCUCUUCGCGAUGAUCUGUACCUCAUAAGUUUCAAAAAGUUCUACUUUCAAAUCAGAUUAGGAAUGAAGUCAUACUUGCAUAAAAACAUAAUUUGUUUCUAUUUUUAAAGCAUAAUGCGAGUUCCACAUUGUCAGGGUAAGAUUAUAGCGACGAUACCUCAAAGGUAUUAAUGUAUUUAUGAGAAAUGCUUUGGGUGCUACAGUUAGAUUUAGACUCAUCAUCGGUGUUAAUGUGAGUUAUGUGUAUUAGGCGUUUACAAAUAGGCUUAUCUGGAGUUUAUGGAGCCUAAUCUGUCUCUCUCUCUCUCUCUCUCUCCCCCUCUCCUUCUUUCUUUAGUGUGUGUGAGAAUAUGUCCAGACUCCUCCUCUUUAUGAUAAUGUGACAGGAGCAUCUCUUUCUGUGAGACAACCCUCCAUUCCCAAUCAACUAUGUGAUCUCUUUUCUCCCUCAAAUCUGCUCUUUCAUGCUCUCCUCUUGGCUCCGUUUCCUCCCGCUAAGCGCUCAGGCGGCAAAAGUUACUUUCUUUGCCUUAAAAGUUUACUUUUCGCUUCCAUUUUUCUUUUUGUUUUGUUUCGAAUCGCCGCUGGUUGGCUAACUCGCGCGACCAACAUGGCAACUCCGGCUGCUCCGACACUUCUCCCCGUGGCUCCGCUCGGCCACCACCCGGCGGCGAGUUCCGCGUCCCCGGCCACUCACUCGCCGCCACCUGCGGCCACUUCUGCCACUUCCUCCCCGGCUCCUCCGGCGGCGCGUCCGCCGCUGCUCCACCAUUUCCGGGCGGACCUCUUACUCCCGAACGGCACUCAGUUGAAGUCCGGCGUCGGUGUCGUCCCGGUGGCCGGCGGCGGAAACAAGCCCGUGUACGCCACCCCUUCCCCGGUCGAGAGCACCCCGCAGAACAACGAGUGCCGCCUGGUAGAGGUGAAGGGAGCCAAGCUGGCGUCGUUCACCGUCAAAGACACGGAGCUCAUUUGCCUCCCGCAGGCCUUCGACGUGUUCCUCAAGCACCUGGUCGGCGGGCUCCACACCGUCUACACCAAGCUGAAGCGGCUGGACAUCACCCCGGUGGUGUGUAACGUGGAGCAGGUCCGCGUGCUCCGGGGACUCGGGGCUAUCCAGCCCGGCGUCAACCGAUGCAAGCUCAUCUCCAGGCAGGACUUCGAGACGCUCUACAGCGACUGUACCAACGCGAGUUCGAGGCCCGGCAGACCGCCCAAGAGGCUGCAGACGGUGACUGACGGCGGCGCUCACCACAUGCUGUCCCACGGCGGUCUGAUGCAUGCCGGGAUCAUGCCUCCCGCAGAUCUGUCCGCUCUGGCCAAGAAGAUCAAACUAGAGAUGGGUGGUUACCAUAAUAACCAACAACACGGCGGCCACAACGGAGAGAAUGGCGACCACAGUCCAGGAUUGGUUCUGGACCAGUUGCCCUUCAUGAUGAUGUCACAUCCCCUGAUCCCGGCCAGUCUGGCACCGGCCUCCGUUUCCAUGGCGAUGGGCCAGAUGAACCGCUUGAGCACGCUGGCCAGCAUCGCCAACAUGGCACAGCUCCACCACGCCAACCCCGCCGCCCGGCCCCCCGCCUCCGUCAUUAAGGAGCGAAUGCAUGACGAUAGCCCUUCCCCAUCCCCCUCGCUGGAGGAAGCUCAGAUGUCAUCCAAUCACAGCAGCAGCGUGUCCAGUUCGCCCUCUCACACAGAACGCGCCACGGAAAACACACACCAGCUCCACGAUGGCGUCACAUUAAGUCACUGCGUGUUGGCACAGUCGGGGGUCCGAGAGUCGGACUCGAUGGAAUACAGCAAAGAAAGCAAAAGGGGGCGCAUUGACAAAGAAUCCAACCCGUUGGCCGGUGAUAGACAAGUGUACCAGCAACCCCCGCCGAGCAGGGACGGCUGCGAGAAGGUGCCGUACCCCGCGGGACAGAAACUCCCAGCAGGUCUUCACCACGCUCCCUUCAUCUUCCCGGAAGGCUUGUCCUCCAUAGAGACCUUGCUCACCAACAUCCAGCAGGGUCUGCUGAGGGUUGCCAUAGAGAACGCCCGGGCGCAGGAGAAGCAGGACCACCUGGAGAGGACCGAGCUGAAGAUGGAGCUGGUGCGCGAGCGAGAGCUGCGAGAGACGCUGGAGAGGCAGCUGAGCAUGGAGCAGAAAAACAGAGUUCUCAUCCAGAAGCGACUGAAAAAGGAAAAGAGGAGUAAGAGGAGACUUCAAGAGGCUUUGGAGGAGGAGGUGAAACUCCGAGAUCAGGCAGAGCACAGCUUCCUGCAGCACGCUGCCGGCGCGCUCUCGGAGUCUGUGACCCAGGACGCGGACGUCGUCAAGCUGGAGGACGACAGGCUGGACGCGACGGCAACUGUGCAAGAGGGCCGAGUAUUCCUCAAGACGGCUCCGAUGUAUUGAAGAAACACACGUUUGAACUUUUUCCACUCUUCUCUACCUUUUAAUUUAUUGCAUUUAUUACCCAAUCCUGGACCGUAGUAGCUGCAAUUACUUUAUUCUGCUGAUGUGUUUGUGUUUCUUUCACCGGAGGUCCCACCCGACGAGGAGCGUAGUUGUUUUUUUUUUUUUUUUUGUAUUUUUGUUUGUCUGGACACAAGUGAUCGGCAUAACUUCCAACCCGGCUGUGUACAUAUAUAGUUAUUGCUUUAUGUUGUUAUAAUCCCCAAAAAAAGGCAUGUUGUAUAGUCAGUACUUGUAUGUUGUAUGUUAUGCAGUAGGGCAGUUUGACAAGACAAUACAAAUACUUU